CAGUAUUGCAUUGCGGUCGUUACUUUGGCGAUUAGCUUAACUCUACACGCCGUAUAGCUCCCUAAAGGUACGACAGUGAAAUGGUUUACCUGCACUUCCCGUCGCAAUACACUGAGGAAGAGGACAUGCUGCAGAAGAAGUACCAAAAACUGAAGCGCAAGAAAAAGGCACUGCAACAGACUAAAACACCCAAACAGGAUCCACCACCGGUUCAGACUACGCUGCGUAAAGUUUCAGAGUCUAAACCAGAUGCAAAAGAAGUUGCCAAGAAGCUGCUGAAAUCGGGGGCAAUCAGUGCCAUCAAGAUUGAAAACAAGGAGCGGCAUGGAUUCAAGCGCUCUAAAGCAUCAGAACGCAAGCGAAGCUUGAACGACCGCCCUGGAGGCAUCGGCUAUCAACCUUACGCUGCAAACCAUCCCACAGAAGACGAAUCAGACAUCACUGGUACGUCAUCAUCGCCAUCAUCAUCACGACCAGCCAUGAAGUCUCUCUAUGAAAGUUUUGUGAGCGGAGGCAAUUUGGACGAGGAUGAUCCAAAGCACUUGGAGACACCACGGGAUUCUGCACCCGAAAAACCACGGCAAAAGAACACACUUUAUGUGCACGGUGUCGGCGUGAGUGAGGACCUCUUGCGGGGAUCCUUUGCACCCUAUGGUUCCCUCUUGAAUAUCACCAUGGAGCUUGAUAAAAAUUGUGGGUUCGUGACCUUUGAGAAAAUUGAAUGCGCAGAAAAGGCUGUUGUGGAGAUGAAUGGCGCCACAGUGUCUGGAAUCAAACUGAGGGUUUCCUUUGCCCGAAGGCAGCCUCUGAUACCGCAAUCGGCCGAUGGUUCACCAGCAACUUGGACUGCUAUGGCAUCUAAUUACAGCCAGAAAGGUGGAAGUGCUGACAACAGGAAAGCUGUCCUCUACAAUGAUCUCGAUUUGUUCUGAGGUGGCCGCUGCUUCUAUUUUACACGUGCAAGAUCACUUAAUUUGAAGCACCAGCUGCUCUGUACAUCUCUCUGCAGUCCCACGUGGUCUGUAGAUCUCUCGGCUGCAGUCUCUCUAGCCACCAGAGCGUCGGAUCACUGCCGAGGACCCUUAAAGGGUGAAGUGGGUUCUAGAAAAAAAAAUUUUAUUCUGCAAGAUAUUGUGCUGAAAGGUUGUAAAUAUAUGUAAUGAUAUGUGCUUGCUUUGAAUAUGCAGUCCAUUUUUGGUUAUCUCCUCUGGUUCUAAUUUUAUGUGAGCUUCCUUUAAAUAAUUUUUUUGCAAAGGUUUGCAAAAUGUGUUCUUUCGAUUUCGCUAAACAGGGCAUCAGUGGCUUCUGUAUCAUUCAAGGAAUGCCGUAAGACCAACCUUAUUGCUCUGCCUUAUCUAGAACACGAGUUGCGAGACUUCGAAGUUAUGCACCAGAAAAACACUGUUUCGAGUUUCAACUUCGAAACCUUGCAGCUCACGUUCUAGGUAACGCAGAGCAAUAAGGUUGGUCUUAAGGCAUUCCUUGAACCAUACAGAAGCCAUUGAUACCCUAUUUAGCUAAAUCGAAAGGACACAUACUUUGCAAACAUUUGCAGAAGAUAUUUAAAGGACACUUGCAUAAAAUUAAAACUAAAGGAGGUAAACAAAAAUGGACCUCAUAUUUGAAAUAAGCAAAUCAAAUUACAUAAAUGUAGAAGUUUACAGCACCAUAGCUGAACGAAUAAAGAUUAAAAAAAAAAUCACCGCAUAUCCCCGAAGUGAAUCAUGAUGAGUGGGGCGAAGCAGUGCGGUGUGUGAUAUGUGGCGAUAUAUAUGCGGUGUGUGAUAUGUGGCUGCAUUGCAGGGACCUUGCCGGCUACCAAGGAAUCUUUGCACGUCGAGCAAACCACAUACUCACUGUGAUAACCACCGGAGAACUUUUGCUGCAGCGCUGCGACGGUGUUGACUCGCGACUGUUCGUUUCGUAUGUUGCCGAUUUUGGUCAACGCAUUGUCGAACCACAGGCAAUCACACACCUUCCAGCUGUGCCCAAAACUGCGAUUGAGGAAAUCGCGCUAGAACCGCGCAUCGGUGCUUCCCGUCUCCGGUAGACAACGCUUCUGGCGUUUAGCCGCCGCUUCCCGAGCUCUCACCUCCGGGGUAGCAGCUUGUUGCCGCUUUGCCGCCGCUUCCCUCGCUCUCGCCUCCAGGGUUGCUUGCCGUCGGCGUUGCCAGCGAGCCGCCGCUUCCCGUGCCCUCAAAUCCGGGUCCGCUUGGCGUUUUUGCUGCUUUGCCGAUGCUUCCCGCGCCCUCGCCGCCGGAGUAGCUUGCUGUCUGUGUAGACGCUGAGCCGCAGGAUGCCGCGCCUUACGUUCGUCCAUGGAAGAAAGAGAUUGUGUGGUCUGGAACGCGCACGCCAUCUCGUGUAUAGAUGUUGAGCCGCUGCAUGCAACGUUUCAUCCACAUCUGGCCCUUGCGCCAAUAAAUUCCAACAAUCAUCAUCAUGACAGACAGAUCGCGUGGCAGUCGAAAUGAGCACGGACGACGCCGGACGGACAAGGCUAGACCCUAAGGAGCUUCACCCCUAAAAUUUUCGCUCAAAGGCCCACAUCUCCCCUUAACAUCCCACCAAUUAUGUAAUUCUCAUGGAACUGUGAUGUCCUUUCUGCAAGGCUCUUAGUAAGGAGCACUCGUGUGCUUUGAAAAAAUGUCAGUUUCGCCCUAAGGGCGAAGCAAUGAAUGCGAUAGCAACACAGCAAUGUCAUACGAAGUAAGGUGAGCGGCUUUGGUAGCAAUAUGAAUUGUAGUAACCAUGAGCUGAUUAAGUAAGCAGGUGUGCUGCGGCGUAAGUAGACCGACAUGAAGAGAGACUCGAUGACCACGAGAAGGCGCGUGUGAAACGGUGGUGUUGAUGAGAAGCGCUUCCCGUGGGCAGCGCGUGCGAAGGGACACACCUGUAGGGCUGCACUGCCGACCCGGGCAACAUUGCAUGUGUAGCGUGCGUUGGAAAAUGUGGCCCGACUAUUACUAACUGAAUGAACAAGCGUGGUGUGAGCACGCACAAACAAACACGAAUAGAUCACACUGAAUGAAUGCAGACGACUGUCAAAACGCUGGCAGCAAGCAUACGCCGGAGCGGGCGAAGGUACGUGCGGUCUAUCGCUUCAACGGAAACUGAGCGGCGAAUGCACGGCGCAUAAAGGUCAGAGCCGUGUGGAGAUAAGAGACGGUGCUGGCGAGCGACGAGCGCGGUUGUUGGCAGAGUAGAAGUGCCCCCCCCCCCCCCCGCUCCCUCCGGCGCUGGCUUCCCGCUUCCUUGCUUGCCCGUGGGAGAUUGAGUGCGUUCGCUCUCCGUGAUAGCGCGCGUCCCCGCACGCUUCCGCUCGGGCAUACGGCGCGCGGCGAAGAUUUUAUCUAUAGGGAACCUCACGGCGACGCCGACGGCAGAAAUCCGGUUGAAGUGUCCAUAUAAUUGCUAUCGCAAUAAAAAUCUGACAACUGCAUCUGUUCUCUGUAUUGAAGAAGCAAAGCAAGCUUACUGAAUAUUUUGGAAAACAAUAAAUGUUCUUA